UCUGUAUCAAAUCUAUCAGUCUACAAGAUUGGGGACAGUCACACUCAGCACUUUUUCUACAAAGAAAAUCAUAAUCGCCACGAUUUUUGCGCAGCUGAUUUGGCACGGGUUUGUUUCUUCCCAAAGUCGAUAUAGAAUGCAUUUUUGCAGCUAUUAACGGAUAACGACAAACCAGUACUCGAGGAAGACGAAGAUUUUAGGAAAUUGUAGUGGAGGAUUAGUACGGUAUUACGGUGCCAUCUGUUGGCAGCUCUCGUCCUCGUUUUCUUGUCGUCGCAUUUCUGCUUCAUCCGGAUCCGGAAUGUCACCUUGUUGUCGCUACCGCGGUUACGAGGUGCGCGUGUAUUGAGUUUGUAGCAUCGCCGCAUCGAAGAUAGUGCAAACAAGGCAUCAUGCCGCGAUGUCGGCACUUGUUCGGGGAGCACUUGCGGGAUGCUCCAAAGCGGUACCAGUACCGGUACAAACGGUGGCAGAUCACGCGUCCGAUUCCCGCCAAGGCUUACGCGAAGCGGCCGCCAAGUUUCGCUUCGCAGAUGAACCUGUGGCACAACGACGACUUUCAGUACCUCGCGGUCUGCAAGCUGAACAUGCACAAACACAAAACCAAGAUCGUGCCCUUCCAGUACAAGAAGGACCUACAGUCGAAAAACCUGAACUGCACGGUGACAAAUAUGCGCGUGACACCCUCGGCGCUCUACUAUGGUACCAGCGUCGAGAGGGAGCCGUUGGUGGCAUCUUCAAAAGAAUACUCAUUUCAUUUUGGAGCAUUGCGUCGUAGUAAAGCAAAAGCUCUUGUUUGGCGACACGAAUUGCAAGACGACACUUGUUUUUUAUGGACAGAGACGAUGGACGCGAUCCUGAUCCAGGUCACAAGGAAAAUCGCGAUGCCGCAAACGCAAUAUCAAAAAAAAAAUAGUCGUCCUCUUCUGCCAAAAGAUCCACCUAGCUGAACUUUCAUAUUGUUGCCAUGGACGAUAUGGGCGGUUUCGACAACUACAUCAUGCGCAGCUCGCCUGAGGAGAUUCGGUCUUGCGUCGCCGAAAAGAUGAAGAAUUUGAUGUACUACUACCAGGAAAAUCCAGACGUGAAGGCCUGGGGUCUGCCGUGGCACAAGUUGAUCCGCAAGAAAGAGCAGAAAGACCCGGCGUUCGCACGGUACAAGUACCUGGCAUUUCGCGCUGCCGGAGAAAAACGUCGCGCCCGGGAACAUAUCAAAGUGAAAAAAGCCCCCACCCCAUAUCGAAAAGGAAAUCUGUGAUGCUGGAUCUGCGUACACAAGUCAGAUUUGUAUUGCAGGAAGGCACUGCGGCCAGAUCCCCAGGCUAGGUAGGGGCGUAUGGGUCUAGUUGUUCAGCAUUGCAAACGGCUGACCUUUAGGCCCAGCAGCAUGACAAAUCGCUUCCAUAAUGGGGCGGAAGCUUCUGCCCUUGUCUUCUUGCAAGACAAACGUGAUUUGUGCCCUCAAAUCAGCAACACAAAUUUUCGGAAAGAUACCUUUUCGAUAUGGGGAGGAGGGAUUUUUCCCGACGAUAGAACACAAGCCGUACUCACCCUAUUACCUCCCGGAAAGCGAAGCCGACAUGGAGCCUGCCAGACAAGAAUUUUUGCCCGGGGCGGAAGACGUACUCAUUCGUUUCUUUGUAUAUAGAGUUUGUGCUGAAGCCGCUGCUCUAGCUCCAAAAAAGUGCAUGGUAAAGCAGGACAUCCUAGAGGUUUACUACAUGGCGCCUCUUACUUUGUUUUCCAAUACACGGGUUUCCGUUUCUCGAUUUGAAUCUUUCGCUUGGUUGAUAUAUCAGACUGAAUGUUUCUCUUUCUCUUUGGUCUGUCGCUCAUGGCCACAGCAAGAAAAGCCGCUAGCUGGCGCAACUAAAAACUAUGUUGAUGAAGCUACUGCACUAUCGACACGAAGUUAAGCGUGAAGGUGAAGUGUGUGUGUGUGAGCAUCAUGUGAGAACUUGGCUCAACAGAACUUCCGAAUGCGGCUCAGUAGUCGUGGACCAUGCGAAUAUUUUCAUACAAGCAUGAAGUACUUAGAUUGCGUGACCACGCAGUUGUAGCGAACCAGCAGUAUCACUAUCAGAUCGUUCAGUCUACAUGCAAGAAUUUCGCAAAAACUCUCAGACGGAAGUGGUCAAGAACCUCUGGUGGAUAUCCUUUUCAAAACCGUCCCCACCGUCCGACCCCAGACUUGUCAUGCAUAUCUGCGAGCCUCAUGCUCAUCUUCAAAUGUUAUAUGUUUCUCCCCCACGGGCACCGACUCCGACGCAGCCGCAUGCGGAGCAUUCUAAGACUAGGAUAUGCGAGCAGCAGUUUGUCACGCUAAAUAAAGUAGAAUCAGGAUUAGAUGGCCGAUCAUUCGUUAUGCAGCUGCACUAGCUGAACUAACAGGAUUUGACUGCGCGCCAAAAAUUCAUCUCUGGUUGGCAUUUGAGAGGGGGAUUGUUGGGAGUGUUAGGUCCGCACGUCGGCCCACAAUGGUGAAGCCUUGGGGAAGAAAGAAUCGUCCAAAAGUGUGGACUUAUCUGCGCAGCUGCGUGGUCUGUUCAUAUCAUGCGCAAUAGCCUCAAAGCUCGUUGCUUUGUGUAGCAAGAUCACCAUGAUCUGGGCUUUGGGGUGGGGACGUUUUUGCUCAGGAAAGUGGAAGUCGACACCGGAGCUGGAGCGCCGGUUCCGGGACCGCUUGACAGCCGCCCGUCAUGUGGAGUUCAAGUUUCCAGACCAUCGUGAGCCUGGUGGCUUCCGUCGCGGCCACAACAUGAUGGGUGGAGGGCCGCCUUGCGAGGACGUGAAAAUGCGGGGAAAGAAGGCCUCGGCUUGCGGCCGCCGCUAUAAGUUCCGGGACAUUAGGCCCUACUGA